AUGAUCACGCUUUAUCAGUUAUUCACCUACUUAUUAUUACCACGCAUAUUUACCACAGUCCUCGUCAUUUUCCUUCUCUUGUGGAUUGCCCGAGAUUAUCCCGCAUGGCGGGAAUCAAGGCUUCUGUCUACAACGCAAGAUCGCAAGACGCACAACAGCCAUGACGCAGUAUCUUCAUCACAGAGUGACAAGAAAGACAUCAACCCCAAAGAACCAUCGUCGUCGCACCACCGUGAGAACCUAUCGAUUGCACACUAUAUCCUCGCCGCCCCUGUGGCGACCUUUUAUAUUGCGGGACGCGCAUUGUAUGAUCUGAUCAAGUUUGGUCUGUUUCGAUUACUCUGGUUGGGCGAGCAAUUGGCGCCCAAACUGGAUGCUUGGCUCUUUCAUACAGUCACCGUAUUGCUGCCAAACAAAGUAGAAGCCGCUGAAAGCUGGUGGGAACGUCGAGGGAAGCUGAUCAUGGCCGACGCCCAACGUACCAUGCAAGAGCGGUUUCUUCCAACGACCGUGCGAAUCAUCGAACACACUUGCAUCGCUCUUUACAAAGGAUACCUCGUCUUGGAACAAUGCAUGGUACGAACCUACCGAUGUUGGCGGCAAUUCUAUGAGAAACAUGACUGGCGACAACUCGCUCUUGAUUUAGCCGACGUAUGGUACACGAAUUUCUGGAUUCCUGUGAGCCACGGUUUAUCACGACUGUACAACUUAUCCAGGGUGAUCUAUCGGGGAUGUCUUGAUAUUGCCAUCUCGUUAUGGCAGGAUAUCCAAUGGCUAUUUACUGUCAUUGUCCCUGCCAUUGAAUUGUUUAUUCGCUCGACCACCGCUUGGACAUGGGUCACUAGUACUGUUCAGCACAUUUACACCCAGGCAUUAAGCGCGAUCCGUCGAUUACAUCCCAUCUACGUUUUCCUGCAUACGUUGUCGCUCCAAUUGCUCGACACUAUUGUCAAGGCACUACAUUCGCACACUUUUCAAAGGCGUCUGUUAUCGUUCAGACAAUUCCUUGGGUCUCAUACUGUUUGGUUGCUUUGCGAAGCAUUAGCCAUGAUGGGCGAUACGAUGCAUGGUGCUGAAUGGAUCACCGUUCACUUUAUCACACCCACUGUGAUGGUAUUUAUGGCACAUGUUCUGCCACGAUUAUCAGUCGCUUACAAGCAGCUACGGGACACCACGGUAGCUCUGUAUGAGAAAUAUCUGUGUUUAGCGUGGACAGCUGUCUACCCGUACUUGCAACAGCCAUGGCAGUACAUGAUCCACUCUUUGUAUGGCAUACUGAUGCCAGUCCUUGGUUUCCUGCAGUCCCUCUAUACCUGCAGUAUAAAUACAAUCAAUCGUGCCGUGUAUUCCAUGAUGCCCUUGGGAACAGCGGUGUUGUUUCAGGUCGCUUCGUGGUGUCAGCAAUGGUCUGACCAGCUAAAGCAAACACUGGAGAAACAGUUACCAGUCGUCUAUCGCGGGGUGCAUGUCAGUUAUGAGUGGGUGUACAGCCACGAUUGGCAAGGUCUGGCGGACGAUUUGAUCGCUGUUCUGAUGGCCAUACGCUCGAUUGCUUACGAACAAUGUCAGUUGGUGUAUUCUUCUCUGGAAAGAACAGUUCAUCAAUGGGCAAAAGAACAAGCAAGCUAUCAUGACAAGGCAGGCCCUUCCAAAAUUGAUUAA